UUUAUAUCCUCACAACAGCUGAUUUCUCGAAAUUAAAACGGUAUGCAGCCUUUUUCCCAAACAUAGGGACCUCCUCCGAACUGUACUUUCGGAUGCGUGCGUCCUGAAGUGGGUUGAAGGGUUCCUAGUACACAAAGCUCAUCUCAAAGUCAGAGUUAGGGAUGUUUGGAAAGCAGAGAUUAUGAUGGGAAAUGGUAUCGAUAUCUUGUUUCCCAUCACGUGCUCUCUCCUACAUUCAUCAUGGCGCUCUGAUUCUAUACAAACUCUUGGGCCGGAGAAAAACCCACACUGCCCUUUUCCCUCAAGUCUUCUCUCAACGACAUACCAAUCCAGAACCACUUGUUUUCAGUCUAAUUCUCGCCAUAAAAUCUUGCUCUUCCGUCUCGCACUGCCGGGAAAUUCAUGCCCGCGUUGUCAAAUCGGUAAAUUAUAGCGAUGGGUUUAUUGGUGAUCAGCUGGUGUCUAUUUACAUCAAGUUUGGCGGUACAGAAGAUGCACAGAAGUUGUUUGAUGAAAUACCUAGCAAGGAUGUGGCCUCCUGGAAUUCUUUAAUUUCCCGAUUUUCUCAAAAAGGCUUUGUUGGCAAGUGCAUGUGUGCACUUUUCAAGAUGAAGUUUGUGAUGGGAAUGAAGCCUAAUGAGGUUACGCUCUUAUCGGUAAUCCCAGCCUGUACCGAUGUGGGAUCUCUAGAUGUAGGCAAGUACAUUCAUGGUUUUGCACUGAAAACGGGUAUGUUGUUGGAAAUUAAGGUUGCUAAUUCUAUUAUCAAUAUGUAUGGGAAGUGUGGUUAUUUAGAUGCGGCUUGUCAAUUAUUUGAGGCAAUGCCUAUAAGGAAUAUUGUUUCCUGGAAUUCUAUGAUUAUGGUUUACAACCAAAAUGGAUUUCCAGAGGAAGGAGUGGUCUGUUUUAGUUUGAUGAGAUUGGCUGGAGUUGAGCUUGAUGAAGGUACUGUGGUGGCCUUGCUUCAGGCUUGUGAAGAUUUAGGUGUAGGAAAAUUGGCAGAGGGCAUUCAUGGUGUAUUGUUCAGUCGAUGUCUCAAUACAAAUGAAAGAAUUGCAACUACGCUUUUGAAUUUGUAUGCCAAGUUAGGGAGAUUAAAUGCAUCACACAAGGUUUUUGGAGAGAUGAUUAAUCCAGAUAGGGUAGCUUGGACAGCCAUGCUCGCGGGCUAUGCUGUGCACGGGUGUGGAAGAAAAGCAAUUGAGCUCUUCGAAAGCAUGGUCAAGGAAGGUUUGGUUCCUGAUCAUGUGACCUUCACGCAUUUGUUAAAUGCUUGUAGCCAUUCAGGAUUUGUCAAGGAGGGGAAGUAUUACUUCAAGAUCAUGUCUGAAGUAUAUAGAAUUGAACCCCGGAUGGAUCACUACUCCUGCAUGGUUGAUCUUCUUGGUCGCUCUGGUCUUCUGAGUUAUGCUUAUGACCUGAUUAUACAAAUGCCAAUGGAGCCUAAUUCUGGAGUCUGGGGGGCCCUCCUUAGUGCUUGUCGGAUUUAUGGUAACAUUGAACUUGGGAAAGAAGCCGCAGAGCAACUGAUAGCUUUAGAGCCAUCAGACCCCAGAAACUAUAUCAUGCUUUCCAAUAUAUACUGUGCUGGUCAUCUAUGGAAAGAUGCAUCGAAGGUAAGGACUUUAAUGAAGGACAGAGGUGUGAUCAGAAACCCUGGCUGCAGUAUUAUUGAACAAGGAAACAAAAUCCACCGCUUUGUAGUAGGUGAUCGAUCUCACCCUGAGUGGGAGAAGAUACGUGUUAAAUUGGAAGAGCUGAUUAGAAAGAUCCGAAAGGUUGGAUAUGUGUCUAAGACAGAAUUUGUUCUACAUGAUGUUGAAGAGGAGGUUAAAGAGGAUAUGAUCAAUGAGCACAGUGAGAAGCUAGCCAUUGCAUUUGGCCUUUUGGUGACUGAUGCAGGCCCUUUAAUUAUAACAAAGAAUCUUAGAAUAUGUGGUGACUGUCACAACACUGCAAAGUUCAUAUCACUGGUCGAGAAGCGUACUAUCAUCAUACGAGAUUCAAAGCGAUUUCACCACUUUGACAAUGGCUUGUGCUCUUGUGGUGAUUAUUGGUGAUACUCUCCAUCACUAAAUGAUUUACAGAUUACAUCACAAUGUUCACUUGUCAGUCCCUGAAAUCUAAGAAACUCUUUAUCUCUGAAUCAUAACUAUUUUCUUGACUGCUAUAUACAGCUUGAUACAUACUUAAAUCAAUUGAAAUUUUCUA